AUGUCAAGCGGUCUACCAUAUCUCAAGUCGCUGCGCAAGCCCGACCUUACCGAGUUUGCCGAGCGCACCGAUCUCCAGGAAUAUGAGGACUACAACAAGAAUGAUCUCGCCAUCGCGCUGGACAAGCACCUGAGCGAAAAUCGCACCAUCUUCGGCACCGACACGAAGCUCAGCAAGUUCUACGAGCGCCUGGGUAGUUCGGCGACGCCCGCGAAGACACCAUCCAAGCGCAAGUCCGAAGCCAAGGUCGAGAUCUCCCCCGUGAAGAAGACUCCUGGUCGCAAACCCAAGGCGAAGGUUGACGAAACCUCGUCCGACGACAACGCCAAACCCGCCAAGGUCACCAGAACCCCCAGCAGCUUGGCACGCUCCGCGCGAACCACCUUCGAGAUGCCCGCCUCGCCAGCCGUCGUGGCGGCGAGCAUUGAUCGCCAGACCGCCAAGGUGCGCGAGGGUCUAGAGAACGCCUGGGAUGACAGUGGCCUUCUGGAGCACUCGUACUACAUGCGCUCGGCCCUGAGCAGCCUCAAGGCCGUCGAGACCAUCCUUAUUCUCCUGGAGGGCGGCAGCUUGCUGAAGUCUCUCUUCCCGCUGCGCCAUAUGGCGACUUCGCCCGCCGUGGAUGCGCUGAAUCUCCCAGAGGUUGCGAUCAAGGUGCCCGACAUGUUCGUGUUGAUCACCGGCGAGUUCUGGGCUCCUUUUGUCCUGUGGUCCCUCACCAGCGUGUUGCUGCCUUUGAUUGCUGCCUGGUUCAUUAACCUGAGCUGGAACGCUGCCACUGGUGGCCAGACUGUUCGUCGUGGUCGCUCGGCUGCUACUCGCGCUAGCUUUGACCCGCUCACCUUUAACAUUGCCAAGGCGCUGUUGGUGUACAAGGUCUUCGUGGAGCAUUUCAACUACUUCGAUCUCUUCAGCAACUAUACCAUUGUCAAGGUCAACUCUGUUGUUCCUGGUCGCUGGAAGGGCAUGUUGACCGGAACUGCCAUUGGCGUUAUCGGUACCCUGUACGAGGCCAUCUUGCGGCGUUCGUAG